AAACAUGCUUCAAUAACUCUAAUAUAAUUAAAUGUUAAAAAGCAACGGGAAUUAUACAAUACUGUUAUAUUCUGACAUUUAUGAAUGUUGUAUUUUUGGAUAUGAUGUGGGUUUAAAUGCUUAAAGUAAUAUUGUAUCACGGAUUCGUAUAAUCUGACAAGCAAAAGCAUUGCUAAUUACAUUAACUAAAAUAGCCGAACGUUUUAUCUUCAAACUUGUUUGUUAUAAUUUAUGUAAGUAAUUAAAAUUACGUCAGCGGCAUCGCAAAAUGGGAAAGAGAUUUCGUGUAAGAUGCCCGUUGCAUCAUUUUUACAUUUUGGUUUUAUAUUUGACUUUGAUUUUAUACAUUUUAACUUCAUCUAGGACUAGUCACGACUUAAACGGGAAACUUUUCGAAGUUAAGCUGAAGCCGGGAUUGAUGAAAAUGAUCAAUCCUACGGGACCUAAAUAUGCACUUACAAUAGAUGCGUCAUACUAUCUUGAAAAUAAAACCAUGUGCUCGUCAUAUAAAGAUUUGAAAGUUCUUAUUUUCAUUCUUUCUGCACCAAACAAUUUUCAAAGAAGAAAUAUAAUCAGGAAAACAUGGGGAAAUCCUAGAUUUUAUUCCAGCUACGGGACUGUGAAAGUCAUGUUUCUUCUCGGAAGAACAAAUAAUAUUAAUGUUCAAAAUAAUAUAAAGGGUGAGUUCGACUCUAAUGGAGAUAUACUUCAGGGUAAUUUCAUAGAUUCAUACUAUAAUUUAUCACAUAAAACUGUAAUGGGCUUCAAAUGGUUGACUGAACGUUGUAGAAAUGCUAAAUACAUAAUAAAAACUGACGACGAUAUCGUGAUAAAUUUGUAUCGUGUUUUUCAAAAUGUUAUUUCUUACAUGUCUGUUAACCAGUAUCAUGUUCAUUGCAAACGAUUUAUGGAACCUGGAGUUGAGCGAAACAAGAGUAGCAAAUGGUAUGUUGAACCACACCAGUUCAGAGGAACGGAACGUUAUGUGCCAUAUUGUCUUGGACAAUACGUGAUGUUUCUCAACGAUAUCGUCCCACAUCUAUACGAGUCCGCAUCCUCCACACCAUUCUUCUGGAUAGAUGAUGUUUUUAGUUAUGGUAUAGUUAUGAACAAUAUUCCGUCAUUGAAAUACAAAGAAGUAAAAUCGGAUGACUAUGUGUCAUACUCAAUGUUGACCACACUUAACUGCUGGAAACAAUUAUUGCCAUCUUGCAGUCAUGUGUUUAUAACGUCGGAAAAUGAUUCAGAAAUCAAAGAUAUAUGGUUACACAUAAAUCGCCAGUAUCAUUUGCUGUAGAUAAAAAUGGAAAAAAGAUUUAUAAGUGCAUAACGACGUUGUUGUUUUUUGUGUUAACUCAGAAAAUAUGUAUGUACAGAUAUUAUAACUGAAAUACUUUUCAAUACAAAGUAUCGAAUUCAUAAUAUUAUCUAAUAUAUAUAAAAGAUAUUUACGUGUUUUUAUUUAGAGCGGCGGAUUUUUUUUACUAAAAACAAUAUUGAAUUGAUAGAAUUAAAUAUAUAUAUAUGUAUGUAUGAAAUAGGAUGUUGCAAUACUUCGGUACCUGCAUUUUAAUUAUGUCAAAAUUAUUCAUAGAUGUUCGUUUUAUUAUUUAGCUGGUGAGGAAAUUGUUACACAGAUAAUUUACAACUUGUAUGCACCGCUUUUUAUUAAUAUUUCUUUUCAUAUCCUUGCAAACAGAAUUUCAGAUCUAAUAUUAUAUUUUAUUAUUGUCGGUUUUGAUAUUAAUUUUUUUGUACACAGUGGUAUAUUCUUAUAAACUGCUACAGGGAACUACUUACAUGUGUUGAAUACCGUAUUUCAAAAAUUUGUCUAAAUAUGGUAUUUCUGUAACGACCGGAUAAUUGUAUAGUUCUUCUAUAUAUUAAUACAUUUUAUAUGUAUUUGUAAUCAUAAAUAUAUACACAUGUGUAUAUGUUUAAAUUGAACAUUUUCUCAUGCUAAAAGGUAGAAAUCCUCUUUUAUCUUUCUGUACCCCACCCACUUCAAAAAAAAAAAAAAAAAUAAAUAAAUAAAUAAGCGAACCCAAGAAUAUAUUGUUGUGUGCAUAAAUAAUCUGUCAAUCUGUUACUUUAUGUAGUUCUCAUGUUUCGUGUUAAAAUGUUUCUUAUGUCAUUCUUUUGUAUUGUUUAAGUUCUAUUGCAUCAGGCAACUAUAUUCACUUUCAUAUUUGUGUAAUGAAUUUGUGCUGGUGAAUUGUACAUUUCAAAGACAAAUAUUUCACCUUUUAUUUAUAUAC